GGCCAGUAGAAUUCGGCCAGCUGGUAGAAAGAGAUAGCCACUGAUGGUGGUCUACCUCCGUCUCUUUCUAUUCAAGAGCGUAGCAAUAUGAUAAAGCAAUUGAUGCAAUUAACAUAUAAAUAAGCUACUUGUAAAUUAUGCAUUAGUUCCCAGCGAAAGCUUUGAUCUAUAAGAGGGUGAAAGAGCCAGUUUUUUUGAUAGUCUCAAGAGUAUAUAUGUAGUGUAAUACAGGGCAAUUCACUCUUCAGCGAAGCAAUGAAGUCUAUGAUUAUUGUUAAAUUUAUAUUGGUGUUUGGGUUUUCCCUUGCCAAACAAGUUGGUGAAUCAUAUCCAAGCGUUGUAUCGCUCUUGGGACAGGUAGAAGGCCACUACAAAACUUCGAGCAAUGGUCGACGAUACGAAGCUUACGAAGGGAUACCGUAUGCUCAACCACCGAUUGGAAAUUUAAGAUUUGGGGUGCCCAAACCUAUUUCACCAUGGACAGACAUUUUAAUUGCAAGACAGUCAAGUCCAUGGUGCAUGCAGUACAGUUACCUUCCACCCUAUCCAUCUGGUAAGGUAAUUGGUUCAGAGGACUGUCUUUACCUUAACGUAUUUACCCCCAUAAGGGGUGAUAGUCUCCUACCAGUUAUUUUCUGGAUUCAUGGAGGCGCCUUUCAUUCUGGGAGUGGAGCGAAGUACACGCCGAAAUAUUUGCUCAAUGAAAACGUAAUACUGGUCACAAUUAAUUAUAGACUCGGUCCACUGGGUUUUCUAAGUACCGAGGAUGAGAUUGUGCCUGGAAACAUGGGUCUCAAGGAUCAAGCAGUGGCGUUGCGUUGGGUGGCGAACAACAUUAGGUCAUUUGGCGGCGAUCCAGCAAAAGUAACACUUUUUGGACAGAGCUCUGGAGGAGCGUCUGUUCAUUAUCAUUAUCUGACGAAUCUCAGCUCUGGUUUGUUUCACGGGGGAAUGUCGUUCAGUGGAACUGCUUUACACCCUUGGAGCCUUGCUGAAGACUCUCUUGAAAAGACUAGGAAAUUAGCUACCGUCGUUGGUUGUACAACUUCCAAUGUAAAGCUGAUGAUCGACUGCAUGAAAGCACGACCUGCAGAUCAGAUAGUACAGGCUCUUGAAAAGUUUAUAUUUUGGAGGGCCAGUCCCCAUGUUCCGUUUGGACCAGUUGUCGAGAAAGAAGGUAGCGAAUUAACGUUUAUCAAUCAACCACCCAUUGAAAUAAUAAGUUCUCGUAAAGCACAAGACGUGCCAUGGAUUGUAGGCAUAGUUAGCGAGGAGGGUCUUUAUCCCGCUGCUGAUUAUGUGACCAAUGACACGAUCCUCCAAGAGAUGAACGAUCGCUGGGAUACGAUAGCGCCACAUCUGCUGGAUUAUUAUUACACAAUUCCAAACGUUGAUCAUGCAAAUAUUUCGAGCUUGAUAAAAGAGCAUUAUCUUGGAAGUGAACAAUUCAGCAGAUCGACGUUCAAUCAAACGGUACAAAUGAUCGGGGACCGGCUGUUUGUCUACAGUUGCGAUAACGCUGCAAGAUUACAGGCACGAUUUAACAAGAGCCCUGUCCGAUUUUAUCAAUUUACAUACAGAGGCAAUCACAGUCUGAGCAACUUACUGUGUGCCUGUGACGAAAACUUUGGAGUCAGUCACUCCGAUGAGCACUUGUAUGUUCUUAGUACAAAUUUCAAUAUAACCUUACCGCAAGACUUAAAAAUGCAAAAGAAGCUGCUCAAAUUUUGGACAUCAUUUGCGAUAGAUGGUUCACCUAACGUCGGGGUGGAGUGGCCCACGUUGAAUGAGUGUGCAGGUGAAAUGUGUUAUCUGCAGAUUGCUGGACCAAAUAAAAUUGACGUUCAAAGCAAACCUGAGUUCGGACAGAAAAACUUCUGGCAUUCUAUCGGUUUCAACGAAAAUAAUUAUACUUUAGCAGCUUGAAAUAUGAUAACAAUAAAUUGAUCCGUUUUCAGAUUUAGAUUUUGUGAUCCUAUAAACUAGGAUUGGUUCAAAACUUCAAUCACAAAAUAGGGCAUAAUAUAAGCAAAAACCCAAUGGUUAAAUAAUAUAAUUUUUAUUAAACGUGAAUAAUACACGUACAAUCAUUGCAAAAAGUUAAAUUGAUGCAUAAAUAUCGAAGCUCUAACAAAGCUAAUGUACAUACCUACCCAGAAUAUUACUUAUUUUGUCAAUUUUUACAGAAUAUACAAGCAGCAUAAGCUUUACUGGAUUUCUA